AGCCUGACUGACAGAGAGAAAGAGAUUUAGUGUGCAACACGACAUUGGAUUUCUACAGUUUCUAUAGAGACAGACAUCAGAAACUACAACAUGGUGUCUGGUAUCCGGAAGCACAUCCGAGACCACUUGCUUCAGCAAAGAAUCUGCAGAUCCCGGCUGGUGACCAAAGAUGGCCGCUGUAACAUUGAAUUCGGCAACAUGAAGUACGGCAACCAUUUUGCCUACCUCAUGGACUUCUGGACGACCUUUGUGGAUUUGCGCUGGCGCUUUGUCCUAUUUUUCUUCAUUGCGUCCUUCACACUGAGCUGGUUCUUCUUUGGCCUGCUGUGGUUCUGGGUCGCGUGGAGCAAUGGAGACCUGACGUGGCAGAAUCCCUCCUGGGACCACCUUUACUGUGUUGACAAUGUCAACAACCUAACAACAGCCUUCCUCUUCUCUGUUGAGACCCAGACCUCCAUUGGCUAUGGUAUACGUGUCAUCACACCUCUCUGUCCUAGUGCUAUUGCUCUAUUCAUGAUCCAGUUUCUCAUCGGGUCCAUUAUCAACUGCUUCCUUUGUGGAGUGAUCCUGGCAAAGAUCUCACGUUCCAAGAAAAGGGCAAAGACCAUCACCUUCACUAAGAUGGCUGUCAUUUGUCCUAAGAAGGACUUCCUUUGGCUCAUGAUAAGAGUGGCUAACUUACGCAAAACCCUAAUGAUUGGGAGCCAGAUCUACGGCAAGCUGUUAAGGACAACAAUCACACCAGAUGGAGAGACAAUCAUCAUGGAUCAGGUGAACAUUGAGUUCAUGGUGGAUGCUGGGAAGGACAACCUUUUCUUUGUGUGUCCUCUCACACUCUACCAUGUUAUUGACAAGUCUAGUCCAUUCUUUGAGAUGGCAGUGGACACCCUCCAAAAGCAGGAGUUUGAGCUGGUGGUCUUUCUGGAUGGCACUGCAGAGUCCACCAGUUCAUCCUGCCAGGUCAGAACUUCUUUCAUCCCUCAGGAGAUUAUGUGGGGUUACAACUUCAUGCCCAUCAUCUCCCGCAGUAAAGAGGGCAAAUACAGAGUGGAUUUCUCCAACUUCUCCAAGGUGGUGCCUGUGGCCACUGCCCACUGUCCCUAUUGCUUCCACAACAUUGGGCACCACCUCUGCUCACCCUCUCCAGGUAAUGGAAUUGACAACGGGGGAUUUGAAGACAUUGGUAUUCUAGAAGGGUCUCCAACUUUUUCGGCAUAAGAGCUACUUUGCAGAACAUGAAACAUAACACAAGCUAUUUUAAUUAUUUUAAUUAAUUUUUUCUAUUAGGCACAUUUGCAUUGUGCCUAAUAUCUUCCCUACAACGUUCCAUGCCUUUAGUACACAGAGAGAAUAUUUCUAUUUCUAAUUUAAAGCCAAGGAAUAUAUUAAAUCAGUAAUCAAUUCUUUCUUUAUGUUUGAUUUUUUUGGGGUAUAAUUUCUCUUUAAUUCAAAUUGUUGUGGAAAAAAAGAAAUGUGCUAGCAUAGGAUUCAUCUGUAGCCUUCUGCGUUGCUAUUUCUGAUGCAAAAGGAAAUUUAAAUAUAGAUACAAAUAAUGUCAUUAUUGAAUGCCUACAGGUAGACACCAGGAGCUACUAUAAAUGGGAUGCUGGCCACCAGGAGCUACUAUAAAUGGGAUGCUAGCCACCAGGAGCUACUAUAAAUGGGAUGCUAGCCACCAGAAGCUACUAUAAAUGUGAUGCUAGCCACCAGAAGCUACUAUAAAUGGGAUGCUAGCCACCAGAAGCUACUAUAAAUGGGAUGCUAGCCACCAGAAGCUACUAUAAAUGGGAUGCUAGCCACCAGUUGCUUAUCAUAAAUUAGCUAAUCGUUUGCGAGUCAUAGUAGGGUUAUCUUGUAUGAAGUAAGUCUUCUGCCAUCAAAGACGCAUACCAGAGAUGCAGGAUGCAGAAGAAACUGUAUCGAGGUAAUAAAGAUACCAUAGAACUUUUAUGUUAUUUCAUUUAAAUGCAUUAAUUGUUUGUAAUGUUUUAUUCCGCUGUCCUACUCUAACAGUAAUAUAUUAGUAUAGUAAAUAGUUACUAUAGUAAUAUAAAUGUUAACCUAGCAUUUAUUCAAAACGUUUUACUGGUUAGUCAAUUGUGCAUAUUGCUGGAUUGUUUCAACUGAUUUAAUGUGGAAACAGAUGACAAUCUGUAUUAAUCAACAAGAUUUGCUGAGAAUUAGCAAUCUCCUCUUUUAUAAAUCAGCACACUUGCUCUGUAACUAAUGACGUCAUUCAUGAGACACAAAUGUACAUUUGCGUGACAUUCAUUCAAAAGAUGCUGACACUAAGACAUUUGAGGAUGAUAAAUGAAUUGAGGCUUCACAGCGAUUUUAGAUAAACGAUAAAUUGAAAACAACCUGAACCUUUUCUUUACUCCCCUGAUAGCCAGGUGCGGAGAAAAUAACACGUAUCUGGCAACUUUAAGUCAAAACUAGACUCAAAUUAAUAUCACUUUCACUAGACUGUGAUAACCUCAUAACAUGUCAGCAGUUUGCCAACAGUGCUUCACAGGCCUACAGCAAGACUAUAUAUCAUCUGAUGUUUAUGCCUAGCCAAUGUAUUGCAAUGUGCUGUAGUAUAAUUCUAUCAGAUAAUUUACUGUAGUAUAAUCCUGUCAGAUACUUGACUGUAGAACAAUCCUGUCAGAUAAUUUACUGUAGUAUAAUCCUGUCAGAUACUUGACUGUAAUAUAAUCCUGUCAGAUAAUUUACUGUAGUACAAUCCUGACAGAUAAUUUACUGUAGUAUGAUCAUUUCAGAUAAUUUACUGUAGUAUAAUCAUUUCAGAUAAUUUACUGUAAUAUAAUCAUGUCAGAUAAUUUACUGUAAUCAUGUCAGAUAUUUUGCUGUUAUUAUAUUAGUUGGAAUAGCACUUCUGUUCUGACUGGGUGUGAGAUGUAUUUUGUUGAAAUUUUCUCUCCUUAUAUUUUUUGGAUUUUACAGGGAAUUUCUGACUUUAAUUACGUAUGAUAUUGGUCAUCAAUAUGUGAAUUUGAUUAAAUCCAACCUGUUUUUAUUUUUCUGUGUGUAAUUGUUUCUUUCUUUUAAUAUGCAGGAUGUAAUGUUUUGUUCUGUAAACACUUGUAAGGGUACAUGUCCCUCCAGGUUGAUUAUUUAUUUUUUGAUCUUCUGCACAUGCACUUUGCCUUUAUCACAAUGUUUAGAUAUUGUUUUUUAUUGUUUGCAAAUAAAUCUGCAAAUAAAUAUA